AUGAAGAUGAGGUGCCCUAAGACAAAGCUCAACUUUUCAGCAGAAUCAUACUUCCAAGGAGAAUACGACAAGCAUCAGUAUAAAGGAAAUUAUGUGUCCACCACGAAGUACAAUGUAUUCACUUAUUUCCCAAAGGCACUUUUUGAGCAGUUCAGACGAAUUGCAAACGUCUAUUUCACCCUCGUUGCAGCGAUCUCAUGCACAUCCCUCAGUCCUGUCAGGCCCAUCACCACCUUCUUGCCCCUGGCUUUGGUGCUGGGUGUGUCCAUGGCAAAGGAGGCUCUGGAGGACUUCCACCGCUUUCAGGCGGACAGAGAAGUGAACAAGAGAGGCAUUGUGGUCUUCAACCCAGUCACCGGUGCAUGGGAACGAAGACAAUGGCGAGACAUUUUGGUUGGGGAUGUGAUCAAGGUGGAGAAGGACAGCUUCUUUCCUGCUGACCUGCUCCUGUUGUCGUCCACCAAUGAUGACGGCAUUGCCUAUGUGGAGACUGUCAACCUGGACGGGGAGAGCAACCUGAAGAUCAAAAAGGCGCUGGAUCAGACCAAAGGCCUCACUUCCAACAACAUUGCCGCCUUCAAGGGGGAGAUCCACUGCGAGCAGCCCAAUGCCUCGCUGUACACCUUUACAGGCAACCUGGUGCUCCAGAGGGACCACAUCGCCAAAUCUGGCCCGCUGGCGCUGUCCCCCGCAUGCCUGCUGCUGCGCGGAUCCAGCCUGCGCAACACCAAGAGCAUCCUGGGCGUUGUCAUUUUUGCAGGCCAUGAAACCAAGGUGAUGAAGAAUGCAACGCUGCCGCCCUCGAAGCGCAGCCGCAUAGAGCACCAGAUGGACAAAAUGAUCCUGCUCAUGUUCGCCCUGCUGUUCGCCAUGUGCCUGGUGGGCGCUACGCUCUUUGCACUGUGGACGAAGAAUAUUUCACCGCAGAUGUGGUACAUCGCCCCCGAGGCUGCCCCCAUUGCGUUCAACCCCAAUAAGGCGGUGCUGAGCGGGGUGUAUGCCUUUGUCACCUCCUUUGUGCUGUACGGCUACCUCAUCCCCAUCUCCCUGUACGUCUCCCUGGAGAUGGUCAAAGUUGUCCAGGCGCUGGUGUUCAUAAACAGAGAUCAGUCGAUGUACCAUGAGGAGACGGACACGCCCGCUCUGGCGCGCACCUCAAAUCUCAACGAGGAGCUGGGCAUGGUCAACACCAUCCUGUCCGACAAGACAGGCACGCUGACGCGCAACGAGAUGGAGUUCUUUAAGUGCUCCAUCGCGGGGGUGAGCUACGGAACGGGUGUUACGGAGAUUGAGCGGGCGGCCGCGCGCCGUAACGGGCUGGCCGUCCCAGUGGCGGCGGACGCGACGGCCGCGCAGCACUGGCGCGCACCCUCCUUCAAUUUUUAUGACAAGCGGCUGCUGGGAGGGGCCUGGCGCGACGAGGCGCGGCCGGACGUCAUCCGCGAGUUCUUCCGCGUGCUCGCCGUCUGUCACACCGUCAUCCCCGAUGGCCCGGAGGACCCGGAGGGCAUAAAGUACCAGGCGGAGUCGCCGGACGAGGCGGCGCUUGUGGCGGCGGGCAAGGCGUUUGGCUUCUUCUUCCACCGACGCAACCACACCUCUGUCCUGGUGCGAGAGCCGGACGGGGACGCCACCGUAGAAGUGGAGUAUGAGAUCCUGAACAUCCUGGAGUUUGACUCCACCCGCAAGCGCAUGAGCGUCAUCUGCCGCACGCCCACCGGCAACAUCAUGCUCUACUGCAAGGGUGCUGACACGGUGAUUUAUGAGCGGCUGGACCAGAACAACAAGCUGAACACGGCGCUGAAGCAGAUAACGCGCGAGCACAUGGAGAUGUAUGGCGAGGCCGGCCUGCGCACACUCUGCCUCUCCUGCGUCGAGCUCGACCCUGUCGCCUAUGACGCGUGGCAGGUGAAGUACUAUGCGGCAAAGACGGCGCUGCACGGGCGCGAGGAGAAGCUGGCGGCGGUGGCGGAGGACAUAGAGAAGCGGCUGCAGCUGCUGGGCUGCACCGCGAUCGAGGACAAGCUGCAGGAGGGCGUCCCAGAAUGCAUUGAGCGCCUGGCAGCCGCCAGCAUCCGCAUCUGGGUCCUCACUGGCGACAAGCAGGAGACGGCGAUCAACAUUGGGUUCGCCUGCAGCCUGCUGCGCACAGAGAUGGCGCAGUACAUUGUGACAGCCUCCACAAAGGAGGGGAACGCACUGGAGGAUGAGGGGCGUUUUGAGGAGGCUGAUGCGCUGGCGGCGAUAGCGGUGCGCGAGCAGCUGAACGACGCGCUGCGGCACAUGGCGCGGAACAGCAGCGGCGGCAGCGACGGAGGCAACGCCCUCAUUAUCGACGGCAAGGCCCUCGUGCAUGCGCUGGCCGGCGACACUCGGGACGCCCUCCUCGCGGUGGGCCAGGCGUGUGCAGCGGUGGUGUGCUGCCGCGUGUCGCCGAAGCAGAAGGCGCAGGUGACCGCGCUCGUCAAGAGCACCGGCGACACCACCCUCGGCAUCGGCGACGGGGCCAACGAUGUGGGCAUGAUCCAGGAGGCACACAUAGGCAUGGGCAUCAGCGGGCAAGAGGGGAUGCAGGCGGUGAUGAGCAGCGAUUUUGCGAUAGCACAGUUCCGUUUCCUGGAGCCGCUGCUGCUGGUGCACGGGCGCUGGUCCUACCUGCGCAUCGCGCGAAUGGUGUCCUACUUCUUCUACAAGAACCUGCUCUUCGGCCUCACCAUCUUCUUCUACAACGCCCUCUGCUUCUUCUCCGGUCAAAUCAUCUACAACGAUUUCUACAUGUCUCUGUACAACGUCAUCUUCACGGUCUUGCCACCGCUCAUCAUUGGCAUGUUUGACCAAGACGUGGACCGCGAGAUGAGCCGGCUCUACCCAGGGCUGUACCAGGCAGGCCCGAGGAACCUGUAUUUCAGGCCGAUGGCGCUGGCGGGCUGGGUCAUCAAUGCCAUUUUCCAGGCGGCAGUCAUGUUUGUCAUGGUCAUGUUUGCCACGCAGUCCAUCUAUGCCGAUCGCAGCUCCGGAACAACCUUCACCCACUGGGAGGUUGGCAGCAUUCUGUUCACUGUUGUGGUGGUCACUGUCCAUCUGGAGAUUGCUUCCAUCUUGGAUCACUGGACGCCUCUCCAUCAUCUGUCCAUUUGGUUCAGUGUCUGUGUGUGGUUUUUGUAUCUUUUGUUGUAUGGUCUGUUUCCGCUGUCCCUGUCUCAAGCCGUCUACCACUUGUUUGUGGAGGUCCUGGCUCCAGCUCCAGUCUUCUGGCUGAUCGUCCUUGUCACGCCCUUUGCCUGCGUCCUUCCCGGCUUCUUCAUCCGCCAGGCAUGCAGGUGUGGCCUCUCUUGA